AUGUUCCGCGACGAGAGCCAAGAGGUAGUGAGAAAGGCGGCCGGGUCUAAGAAGAGCGAGCGAGUGCCUCGCACUGUAUCCCCAGAAGGGAAGACCGGGGUCGUGGUGGAGCCGGAGUUCGACUUCAAUGUUCUCCGACGACUGGGGAGUCGCCCGGUCGAAGUUCAGCCAUCGCAGGAUGUGGAGACGACCAAGUAUGAAGCGAUUUGUUAUUUCAUGCGGUCGAAUGCUAUUCCUGGGUCUUUCUGGACUAGUGAUUUGGUCUCCAAGUUCUUGUUGCAGUCUGGGGGUCCAGCGAGUCAGAGGGCCAUGCAGGCCAGUGUGGUUGCUACUGCGACAGCUAUGCUUUCCCGUGUCCGAGGCUUGCCCUCGCUGCAAGAUGUGGCCCACCGGGAGUAUGGGUCCGCUUUGAGGUUGCUAAACACCGCCCUAUCCGAUAUGGAUCAAGCGAAGACGAAUCAGACUCUGGGCACUGUCGUGCUGCUUGCCAUUUAUGAAGUUGUUACGUCAAGGUCUCCGGAAAAUAUUGACAGCUGGACAAACCAUAUCAAUGGUGCGACGGCCUUGCUUGAUAUAAGAGGAACUGACCAGCUCAAGACUGAUGCUGGUCUGAAAUUAUUCUUGCACCUGCGAUAUCAGAUUAUCAUCAGCUGCCUACAACGAGACGCCAGAGUUCCAGAAUCACUAUUCGAAUGUACCAAACUCACCAUGUUCCUUCGCCCAGCAGAAGCACAUGGCAAUCGCCUCGUCAUGAUUAUUGGCAAAUUAUCCAACCUACGCGCAGACAUCAGAACCAAAGCAUUCAACAACGAACGAGAAAUCAUAUCGGCAGCCUCAGCCAUCGAAGCGGACCUGAUUGCGUGGCUAGCUUCGCUCCCGCCAGAAUUCAACUAUACCAACCACACAAAGUCCCCCUUUGACUCUCAAUUCCAACAUCGAUUUAAGGGACUAUCACCAUACGACGACCAAUACCACAUCUACCCGAACCUCUGGGUCUGCAAUUCUUGGAAUCAAUACCGCAGCGCCCGAAUAGUCGUCAGCGAAAUCAUCCUCUCCCACAUCCGCCAGAUCUCCACAACCUCAUCCAUAACCUCCCUCUCCGAAGAAUUCCACCUGCAGUGCAAGGCGCUCCGUUCAACAAUCAGACGACUGGCCGUGGACAUCUGCCGCGGCGCACCGUUUCACUUCAACGCACACGGGGCAGACACUUCACCUAAUUCCAUACCGCCAGAAAGCUACAUCGGCGGCCUCGUGCUCCUAUGGCCCUUAUUCGUCGCUGGUAUUGUCGAGAACCCGCGCCACGGUCUCCGCCGUUGGGUCGUGAAGUGUCUGGAGAUGAUUGGGAACACGAUGGGUUUAGAUCAGGCGCUUGCUGUUGCUGAUAUUAUCUCUGCUGAUCCUGGGAUUUUGCGUUCCGUUACUGAAACUGAAGAGGAGGAUGGUCUUAUUGGGGAUUCGAAUGCGCCGGACUUGACUAGUCGGCUUCCUGUACCUCUAACUGGAUAA